UCUAUCUUCUCAGAAAUUUCCAAUUUCUUUUUUCGCUCAUUUUGCAUCUCUCUCUCUCUCUUGCCGCAGUUUCGAUUUCGUCUCCUAAGAAUUUUCUCAGGCCUUUUGUUCCUUCCAGCUAGCCGUGUUACAAGUCUCAGUUCCUUUCUCUUCGGCUUCGUCAAUUUCCAGAUGAAAAUGGGAGCCUAAGCGUUGCGUUAUUCUGAGUUAUAUGCAUUCGAAAGCUCGAGUUUUUGUAUAUAUACACGUUUUCCGAGAGUCAAAGUGGUAAUCACAAGCAGAUUUGAGAGGAUUGAAAAGAUGGUUCUGGGGUGUUUCCCAUUGAAAAGCAAGAAGAAACGUGGCUCUGUUUCUAUGAAGCGGUUGGGUCAUGAAGAGAGUAAGCCAACUGCUUUACCCGAGCCACCAAAGAUUCCAAGUCGUAAUUUACAGUCUGCUCCUCCGAGUUUCAGAACUCGAGUGAAGCCCAUUCAAUCAAGUAACGGAGAGAUGAGCAGCAGGGCAAGAGUGAUGUCUGCUCCAUCAAGCAUUCACGGUGCAGCGGAACGGGAUUUACUUGCUGCAGGUGCUUACCACGAUGAGCAAGAUGAACAACCGAGAGAUCCACGUAGCUCCACGAAAGAAACUAGCCCACAACCACUUCCGCUACCGUCUCCAAAGACUGGUUCUUCGUUGAAGAAUUGGGGAAGCUUCAAAUCGUUCAACGGAAGCAGCGGGAGGUUAUCAGCAUCCGCAGCAUCUGGACCUUUGCCUUUACCACCUAGCGGGUCGGUUAGGAGCUUCUCGUAUGAUGAAGUAGUAUCUGCUUGUAGCGCUUUUUCUUCAGACCGAUGUGUCUCUGAAGGUCUUUCAUCAGUUAUGUAUAUGGCUUCCUUUGGUGAUGAAGCCUCCACCGCAAGCUCAAAGAGGGUCGAUGCAACUGUUGUGCGCCUUCACGUAACAACAUCUCAGAGUAUCAGGGAGUUUAGUAACGAAGUGAACACAUUGGCCUCUCUGCAACACCAGAAUCUGUGUAAAUUGGUAGGGUAUCAUGCCUGUGAUGGAUCUGACACAAGAAUGUUGGUGUACGAGAGGCUUGCUCAUGGAAACUUGGACCGGCUGCUACACGGGAGAUCAGAUGGGCCUCCGCUUGAUUGGAACACUAGAAUGAAGAUCGCUUUAUGUGCUGCUCAGGGUCUAACCUUCUUACACGAAGAAGGCCCGUUUCAGGCAAUGUACAAUGAAUUUUCGACGGCAAAUAUCCAAGUGGAUAAAGACUUCAGCGCAAAGCUAUCAGGAUACGGUUGCGUAGGCCAUGCUCCUGAGACAGAGACCUCUAAUAACUCAGCACUUGCGAAUCUCUCGGUAGAGACAGUAGAGAGAGGGCUUUUGACACCAAAGAGCAACGUGUGGAGCUAUGGAAUAGUCCUUUUAGAGAUGCUGACGGGUCGGAAAAACAUGGACGGGUCAUACCCGAAAGAAGAGAGGAACUUAGUGAAAUGGAGCCGAGCUUUUCUAGCAGACGAUUGCAGGCUCUCGCUGAUAAUGGAUCCUCAGCUUAAAGGUCGUUUUCCAGCUAAAGCAGCACGAAGCAUAGCUGAUAUAGCACAGAAGUGUCUGCAGGUGGAGCCAUCAGAGCGACCAACCAUGAGAAACAUUGUAGAUCAGCUCAAGAUCAUACAGGACAUGAAGUACUCGUGUAGGUUCCCGUUGAGAGAACCAGCACCAGUCGCGGCAAGGAAACACAUGGGAAGAUCAAGCAGUCUCAACACGAUUGUUUGGACACCGGCGGGAGGAGCGCCACCGAGGUCGAGUUUUUCACCGUCGCCUCCACCACGAAGACCGUCUGUUUCACCUACAAGGGGACGUGCGCUCGUGUUCCCACCGGUGUUUCCGCCACGUGUAUGUUCGUCGUUGGAGGAGAUGAGUCGGGAAGAGGUACGGAGAUUGUCUUCGGCCAGUGGUAGGAGAACUAGUCUUGAAGGGUUUUGAUUUGUUCAUACCAGUAUCUCUUUCUCUUCUUCUUUUUUUAUAGCUGUUUUUUUUUUUUCUAUUGGCGUUGAUUUGUUUUUUGGAUUCCAAAUAUAUAAAAAAUGUUAUUUUUUUUUUGUUAUUUAUGAAUCCAGACGGCAUGAGAAGGGAUUUGUGAUGUUGUACAUAAGAAUCAACAUUUCUUCUUUCAGAUAAAAAGAUUCGAAUAU